GACAUUUUGAAAUGUUGACAAAUGUUUCUACCUGGACACACCUGCAUCAAUGAUACAUUGAUUUGCAUUCGAUUAUUUAGUUAUAGAUUACAAAAGAUGCGUAAUUUGAAAAACAUCUAUUUCACACCUAAGUGAACAUAGAUUUUGUGGUGUAUUAUUUUGAAGACAAGAUAACUAAUGAUUACUUGAAAAAAUGCCAUUUGGUAUAAAAUUUAAAAGAACAAGACGUUAUGAAAUAUCAUCAAAGAAUGCGUUGGUUGUUGGUGUACACAUGCUGGACAAUUCCUAUUUAGAAUGUACACUAACCUCCGAGAGUACAGGUCAACAAUGUUUGGACAGUAUAGCUCAAAGGAUUGAACUUGAGGAGACUCAGUAUUUUGGAUUACGUUAUGUGACUAAAAAAUUACAGUUUCACUGGAUAGAAUUAGAUCGACCUUUGAAGAAACAGUUAGACAAACAUGCCCAAGCCUCCAAUUCACCCAGGUUAUAUUUUGGAGUUAUGUUUUAUAUACCUGGAGCUCAUAAACUGGCGGAUGAAGUAGCAAGAUUUCAAUAUUUCCUCCAACUGAAAAAUGAUAUUGUGGAUGGAAGAAUUCCUUUGUCUGUAGAUCAGGCUGUUCGUCUUUCUGCUCUUAGUUUACAAGCUGAGUUUGAUGACUAUCAAGAAGAUAAGAAUGCUCAAGAUUACUUCAAAGAUAACGCUUUGUUUCCUAAGACCAUGUGUAAGGAUGAGACCACAGUUACAGAAAUGAUGCAUGAAGCCUUGAAUUGUUACAUAAAUUUACAUGGUGUACAUCAUGUUAAAGCUGAAAUCAAUUACAUCAAGGAUAUACAGAUGAUGGAUGGGUAUGGAAUGGAUUACUAUGCUGCUAAGGAUGAGAAAGGGAGGGAACUUUAUCUAGGAACAUUUUAUCAGGGAAUGUUUGCCCGAUAUCUUCAUGGAGAGGCUACAGUAUUUUUCAGGUGGAAUGAAAUAGCUCGUCUUAACCAGAGUAAGAAAACGUUAGAAAUAGACACAUCCAAAAGUUCAUCUCAGUACCAUAUGGAAGAUAGUGAUACAGCAAAAUAUGUGAGAAGAUUCGGUUUGUUACAACAAAAGUUUUACAGGAUGAAUAAAACAACUCCAAGUUCAAGUGUUGUAGAUUUGAACGAAUUUCCUGAGACGGGCAACAUGUAUAUAUCAGAUUUACCUCCAAUGGACCCUCUGACACAAUCACAGACUUCAUUAACAUAUUCACAGCUUUCGUAUCAAUCACAGGACCAAAGGUUUGAUCAAGAAUUGUCCCAAUCAACAACUACAUCAGCAGAGGAUUUUUUCAGACAAUCACAGCAAAGUUUAGAAACAGGCAGUCGUAGAUACAAUAGUGCUGAAUCUCAGAACAGUCCCACUCAGCCUGAUCCCCGACAGGCAAUGUUACCAGCUUAUAGGCCAAGUCCUAGUUAUGAUCAAGUCAUGAGACACCGUGUGCAACAACAGAAAGGAAAUAUUUCCAACUCACAAAUGUAUUCUGCACCGCAGGAAAAUAUAACGUACAGUCACCCUGACAUUGGGUCCGACGUUUCUAAUUAUAGUCGGCAAGAAAGUGAUUAUGUAAAUAGUGAGACGAUACACAACUAUAACAAUAAUACAUUAUAUGCAAAUGUGUUUCAAGAGGAAAAACAGAAUUACAUGCAAUAUAGAGAACGAACUAGUAACCUUAUAAUACAGCCCACGUAUAGUUCUCCAGAGUUAACGGGACUUCCACAGGAAUAUCCUACAGAAAAUAUAUUCCAUGACCCUUUACCUUUUCAAUAUAAACCCCCACCCCCAUAUCCCAGGACAAGUAGUAGUACACCAGAUCUGGCUGUUCAGACAACUAGAACUAAUGUUAGUGAUAGUCCUGAUCUUAUUUCUCGCAAAAAUAUGGGAUUACCUCCCCCUGAUACAGAAUCUAUUGAAGAGGUCAGAGUUCAUGACUUUCCUACAGAGAAUGUGGAAGAAAUAAAUCCAUCUAGUGAACCAAUUACCAAUCCACCUCCUAUAAUAAUCAGUCAUGUGGAAACAGAUGAUGCCUCUAGUGAUUAUUCAGAAACAACAUUUCAUUUGAAAGAUACAGACAGUGAAUUAGAAGAUGCUCAUAAUAAACCUCCAGAGGACACACCCAUCCAAAUAAAAUAUGUGGCCCCUAACAAAGCACCACCUCCCUCUACAUCUAAAGAGGUUGUUGUACGGAGGGAGAGUUUCCGUCGUUUAAUGAUUGCUAAUAGGUCGGGUCAGUUUAAUCCAAAUUCAUUGAGUUCAGGAGACAACCCUGCAACUGGUUCUUCUGAUAAAUCUGUCAUACCUGAAGUGACAACAGAGAAAGCAGCAGGAUUAGAGAAUCCAGUUGAAGCUCUGGUUAAAAGUGAUAGCACACAGGAACCAGAUCAGGAAGUUGAAAGGGAUACAGAUUCUGAUUCUGAUCAAGAAGGUACUAUCAAGCUGAAAAUGGGACCAUUAAAGAUGGCUGCUAUGAAUGGUUUGUCAAUGUCAAGGCCAAUGGUUCUAGCUUUGAUGAAUGAUGAAAGUAGAGCACCUAAAGAUGAAAGGAGAAAAAUUUUGGAAACUAAGUUAUCUGAAAAUUUAGUUUUUAAAGAAUUUGAGGAAAUUCCAAAGAAAAAUCCAAAUACUGAUUGUUCUGUGUCAAAACUUCCAGAAAAUGAGCAAAGAAAUCGAUUCAAAGAUGUUCUACCUUAUGAUGCAUCCAGAGUAAAACUUGCUCCAAGGAAAGACAAUCACUCGGGAUAUGUUAAUGGUUCUCAUAUAAAGCUUUCAGUCGGAGAUCGUGUUUGGUGGUAUAUUGCCACACAAGCACCACUUCAGAACACAUGUAUAGAUUUUUGGCAGCUGAUUUGGGAACAAGAAGUUGAUGUAAUAGCCAUGCUUACAGAUUUGGUGGAGAUGGGUAGACAGAAAUGUUAUCCUUACUGGCCACAAGAGGUUGGACCAGAGCAUAGAAUUACAUUUGGACCUUUUGAGGUGACAUUGUUGUUUUGCAAUGAUUCCUUGUGUUACAUCACAAACAGAAUUUCUGUAGUCCAUACUAAUUCUAAAAAGGAAAGGCAGAUAUGGCAUUUACAGUACACUGAUUGGCCAGAUCAUGGUUGUCCUGACGAUAUGUAUGGAUUUCUGGGAUUCUUAGAUGAAGUUGACUCCGUUCAAAGAUUAGCAGAAAGUGAAGAGGGCAGUGGGAAGAAAUCCCCCAUAGUGGUACAUUGUAGUGCUGGAGUGGGGAGAACUGGUGUAGUCAUACUCACACAGGUUAUGAAGUGGUGCUUAGAACAUAACCAUGAUAUAGAUUUACCAAAAGCUCUGGCAGGAAUACGAAACCAAAGAAUGUUUAUGGUGCAGACUUUAGGACAAUACAAUUUUAUACACAAAACAUUAAUACAGUACCUUAAAAACACAAGGUUGAUUUGAGAAAUUUAUUUAACAAGAUUUACAAGGUGUUUACAAUGGAAGAGUAAAAUUUCAUGAAUUAAAACAUCCAUCUGAUCUAAGCCAGUGAUAAUACAUAGAACUUAUACUCCAUACAUUAAACUAGAAAGGACAACUUUAUACUGUCGGAAAAGGUAAAUACAAUUCAUGAAAAAUAAUCAAGUAGUCUUGGAUUUGUUUUACAUGAACUAUAUAGCAUUGAUGCAAAAGCACCCAAUGGAACUUAGCACAUUAAGAAGCAAGUACUGUAAAAAAACUAACUUUUGCAAGCAAUUCAUUUUUGAAAGUUUGUUGAUUAAAUGGAAUCGCAAAUACAAAUUGUCCCAAAAAAUCUUAGAUAUUCUCUUAAAUGAAUCAAAAUUAAUUUAGACAUUCACAAAAAAUAAUCGCUGCAGUUACAAACAGAAAGGACAUUAGUGAAUUACUUUCACUUACUGUAAAUUGAGAAAUUUUUGGAUGAUUUUAUUAGUAAAUGUGACAGAAUCGGUUUCGUAAUAAUAAGAAUUUGCAUUUAUAAUUUUAGGAGUGAUUUUGCUUCAUAAAAUUUUAGCAAUCGCAUUAAUUAUAUUUCACAUUUUUGCCAGAGGUCAAGAGUUCCAAAUAAUUUCAGAAUUUACAGAAUUAUAGAUAUUCAUGCUAUUGACUGAAUCCCUAAGCUGUCUAGAUUUUUAAAUGAUUUGUUAUUACUACUAGUAUAUAUCAAUGAUUAUGUGGUGCAUGUCUAUUCUAAUCUUUAAAUGUAUUUUUUCUUACUGAAUUUUUAUACGACCGCAAAAAAAAUUUUGUGGUCGUAUAUUGGUAUGACGUUGGCGUCGUCGGCGUCGUCGUCGUCGUCGUCCAAAGACACAUUAGUUUUCGCACUCUAACUUUAGUUUAAGUGAAUGGAUCUCAAUGAAAUUUUAUCAUAAGGUUCAAUACCACAAAAGGAAAGUGGGGAUUGAUUUUGGGGGUUAUGGUACCAACAGUUAAGGAAUUAGGGGCCAAAAAGGGGCCAAAAAUAAGCAUUUUUGUAACUUCCAGACAUAACUUGUGUGUAAGUGUAUGGAUCUCUCUGACAUUGUACCACAAGGUUCCAUAUCACAAAGGGAAUGCUGGGAUUGAUUUUGGGGGUAAUUGCCUCCAAAUUUUAGGAAUUAGGGGCCAAAAAGGGGCAAAAAACAAGCAUUUUUCUAGUUUCAUGACAAUAACUUGUGUGUAAGUGUAUGGAUCUUUAUGAAAUUGUACUGCAAGGUUCCAUAUCACAAAGGGAAAGCUGGAAUUGAGUUUGGGGGCAAUUGACCAAAAAGCUUAGGAAGAAGGGGCCAAAAAGGGGCUAAAAAUAAGCAUUUUUCUAGUUUCCAGACAAUAACUUGUGUUCAAGUGUAUGGAUCUCUCUGAAAUUGUACUGCAAGGUACCAUACCACAAAGGGAAGGCUGGGAUUGAUUUUGGGGGUAAUUCCCUCAAAAUUUUAGGAAUUAGGGGCCAAAAAAACAAGCAUUUUUCUAGUUUCAGGACAAUAACUUGUGUGUAAGUGUAUGGAUCUUUAUGAAAUUGUACUGCAAGGUUCCAUAUCACAAAGGGAAAGCUGGAAUUGAGUUUUGGGGCAAUUGACCAAAAAGCUUAGGAAGAAGGGGCCAAAAAGGGGCUAAAAAUAAGCAUUUUUCUAGUUUCCAGACAAUAACUUGUGUUCAAGUGUAUGGAUCUCUCUGAAAUUGUACUGCAAGGUACCAUACCACAAAGGGAAGGCUGGGAUUGAUUUUGGGGGUAAUUCCCUCAAAAUUUUAGGAAUUAGGGGCCAAAAAAACAAGCAUUUUUCUAGUUUCAGGACAAUAACUUGUGUGUAAGUGUAUGGAUCUUUAUGAAAUUGUACUGCAAGGUUCCGUAUCACAAAGGGAAAGCUGGGUUUGAGUUUGGGGGUAAUUGCCCUAAAUUUUUAGGAAAAUGGGGCCAAAAAGGGGCCAAAAACAAGCAUUUUUCUAGUUUUCAGACAAUAACUUGUGUUCAAGUGUAUGGAUCUCUCUGAAAUUGUACUGCAAGGUACCAUACCACAAAGGGAAGGCUGGGAUUGAGUUUGGGGGUGAUGAAUCAUAAGGGGGUUCAAAACAUUUGGGGGGGGGGGAUUU